GCGUCCUCGAUGGCAGGGCAUUACACCAACAACGAGCCAAGCCCCCGAAAUUAUUGUGAUGAUCUCCCAAGCAUAUGUAGCUAAGUGGUAUCGAUGGCCUUUUCAGGUUCACCCGUCAUGAAUAGGGCGGUCGGAUGAGUUGCUAAGCCGCGUUUGUGAUGUUUUCCCUAAUAUACGCUUGCGUAAUCCAGGACCAGAGAGUCAGGGGCGAGCAGAUUGCUAGUAGAUCUUUGCAUUUACUUAGAUAGACCUUAUUCUCACUGCUCUACGAGGAGAUGUACGGACUAUACGGGCCAUAAUUAGUAAAAUUUCUAUUUACCCGAUAUAUUGAGACCGGCAAGUCGAGAGCACUCGGACAUAUCACAUCAUGAAGCUUGUUACCCUUCCAAUCGUCCUCGGCAUCGCACUAGUUGCAGCUGAAUGUCCCUACCAUCAAUGGAAGGCACCUGAGCCAAGCGACUUCCGAGGGCCUUGUCCUAUGCUGAAUACUUUGGCGAAUCAUGGAUUCCUACCUCGCGACGGUAGGAACAUUACCAAAGAAACAACGGUGAACGCCUUGGCCUCGGCUCUUCAUUUCAACACAUCACUUGGGACUCUGAUGUUCGAGAUGGCUAUUGUCGCGAACCCGGAGCCUAAUGCUACCUUCUUCACUCUUGACCAGCUUAAUGUGCAUAAUGUCUUGGAACAUGAUGCGAGCUUGAGCCGAUCGGACGCCUUCUUCGGGAAUAACCACAUCUUCAAUGAAACGAUCUUCGAAGAGACUAAGACAUACUGGACUGGUCCCGUCCUCGACGCGAACAUGCUAGCCAAUGGAAAGAUAGCCCGCCAGGUUAACUCAAAGGCAUUCAACCCGAACUACACCUUCACAACAACGAUGGAACAGUUUAGUCUUGGCGAAGUUUCUGCCCCUAUUGUGGCCUUUGGAGACUUGCAAGCUGCCACUGUCAAUCGAAACUUGGUAGAAUACUUCUUCGAAAAUGAGCGUUUCCCUGCGGAAUUGGGAUGGAGUAUUCGAAAUGCCACUGUCAGCCUUGAUGACAUUACGAGGCUGACCCAAACCAUCAGCAACGCUACAAGCCUAAUCACGACCGGUGAGCCGGUUGUCUCGACCCGACGUCGGGACCUUCACGCUGGACUGAAUCUGUAGCAAGAUUCAAUUCAUGUUCUAUAGUUUAAGUUGAAGAUUACAUGUACUUAGGAUAGCGCUUUUUCGAGAGAUCUUUAGAGCUCCAGUAGUUGAGAGAUGCUGAAUGUAUCUAAAAAAGACCUUUUCGCUUGCGGCUUUACCUUAUGCGUGAUAAGCUACCCUGGGAAGAGUAGAACUAUUUGGAAGCUCCUAUAACUCGGCGACGGAAUUGCAUUUUUUGUCAGCUAUCACAAACUCUCGUCGGGCUGUGCCGUGGAAUGCUACUGUCGCAAAGAAAUUAUACGGGGAUACUUAGAGCUAGAGAAUGUAUAAUGUAGAUUUCUCGCCGCUUGCUCUCACCCUCUCACUUUCGGCUACGUGGCUGGGUGGUUGGUUGGGUCCGGUGCCGAGGCCAUAUCUAAAGUACUUAGGUCGGUCUUGCACAAUCUAGGCCGCUUGGUGUCGACCUUCAUAGAGUGGAAACCAGUCGAGCCCGGCGAUGCCAUAUGGAAUGCGAAAAAUGACCCUUUGCAAUUGUCGGUUGCGG